AUGGCGGAGUUGCAGGGCGUGCAGCCCUCGACCGAGGACGCUCCUCGCGAGAGAGCGGGUCCCAGCUUCGCUGAGGAGGACGCCGGAGCGAAGGCCACCAAGUCGGCGCGGGACCUGUCGGAGAAGCGGAAGGCCUUUGGGCGGAGGAGCGGUUCCCGGCUCUCGGACCAGUCGGCGCUCCGCCUGAAGGCGUUGGAAACGCAGAAAAGCUUCCGAAGGCCUCACUUCUGGGUCUUGGCCUUCGGUUGGUUCUUGGCCUUCUGCUCUGGCAUGGCUCGGGGCCCGGAGGUCACCGGGGAGCGGAGGUCACCUGCGCGUGGAAGAUCCAAUGGCCGAUGUACUGAACCCGGCCAUCUUUCUGGUGCUUUCCUUCGUUGUCGGCUCCUUUAUGUGCGGAUUGCUGAUCGACAAGAACCAGGUCCACUUCGGUGGGAAGUCUCUCUAUGGCGUUGCCUUGGUGCGGAGUCUCUUGUGAUCGAAGGAUCUCGCGACGGACGCGAUUGGAGCACAUUCACCAGUAAACAUCAACGACUUCUUUUCUGCGUUUAA